CUGUUUAAUUUUUGUAAGAAAUUAAAGUUAUCGGAGAGAAAUUAGCAGUCUUUUUAUUUAUUAUUAAAAAAAAAUCUGUUUAGUACACAGCCUUCUGCAUAUAAAAUGAUAAACGAAGCUUAAUUAUUGCAAUUUAAUGCUGAAAAAAGUUUUUGUUUUACAAUGAGUUUUCUAUGCGAAUGUUUUUUGCUUGUAAACUCUGCCUAGUGUAACUCUAAGUGACAUAUUAUCCUUAUUUGUAUCCGCAUAUAAAUAACAGCAUGUAAAAUGAUUUCCUUGGUUUUAAUUUUAAGCAUUUUAUUCAAACUUGCAUAUGUUGACUGUCAACAAGGAAAGUUGCCGUUAUUUGGUCGUGGAGAGCAACCCCCUGCAAUUGAUGGUUCAUGGUCAUCAUGGAAUGAAUGGUCAUCAUGCUAUCAUAACACUAUUGAUAAGUCAAAUUUUUUUUAUUCAUGGGUAAAUUUUAAUUUAAAAUCUAGAAACAGAUCUUGCAAUUCCCCAACACCUUUAUAUGGAGGUGCAGAUUGUCUAGGUCCAUCUAAUAGAUAUCAACAGUGUGAUUGUGAUAAUCCACUUAUGCUUUCUCCAGAAAGGAUAAGUUCAAACCAAAUUACUGCUUCAAGUUUUUUAAAAACAAACCCGCCUAGCAAUAUACGCUUUUUAAAUAAUAAUACUGGUUGGUGUUCAGAAUCAAAGUUAAGUUUUUUUUCUAAUACGUUUAUUGUAAUUGACUUUGGAUAUUUUGCAAAAGUUAAAGCAGUAGAAAUAAUAGGAAAUGAGAAUGGUCGUGUAAGUAAAUUUAGAAUAGAACACAGCUUAGAUGCAAGUAAUUGGAAUGUUGUCUACAAAGAUGAAGCAAAAACAAUAAAUAUAUUUAAAGGAAAUUUGUUGCCUAAUGUAAUUACUAGAAACAGUUUUAAAGAAGAUCUUGUUUUAAAGUACUUAAAAUUGGUUCCUAUUGAGUCUUAUAAUUUUCCUUGUUUAAAACUAGAAGCUUUUGGAUGCAUAUAUACUUGUGGUGAGCAUUUAAUCCAACCAUUUGGUAAGAUUGAAGCUCAAAGUUCUGUUAACUUUGAUCAAAGUUGUCUAUGGAAAAUUGAAGUUUUGAAUACAACUUCAAUAACCUUUAAUUUUAAAGUGUUUUUUAUACUUUGUAAAAAUGGUUUUCUUGCUUUUUAUGAUGGGCAUAAAUCAUUUCAGUCUUCUUCAAGUGUAUAUAAAGCUUGUCUAAGUUACGAUUAUGAAGAACUCUCUCCAAUAAAACUUAAUUACAACAAGAUUUGGGUUUAUUUUGUUUCAAAUUCUUCAUCUACUGAAGAUAAUUUUCAUAUUGAAUACUUCUCUGAAUGUAACCAAGAAGUCUAUUUAAAUGCUGGCGAACCUUAUGCUAUUGAAUCUCCAAAUUUUCCUAAUAAUUAUUUUGAUAAUUUAAACUGUGAAUGGCAUCUUUAUGCUCCAAAAGCUAUUAAUAAACUAGAUAUAAUUUUUAAAAAUUUUGCUAUUGAGAGUAGUUCAGAUGACUCAUGUUCAAAUGAUUUUUUAACUUUUGUUGUAGUUGAAAAAGGAAUUGAAACAUCUCUUGGACCAUUUUGCAAUAGCAAUAAGCCAAAUUCAACUCUGAAUGUUAAGGCAGAAAUAUUGCAUAUUGUUUUUAAAACAGACAUAGCCUCAUCGGAUACAGGUUUUUCUUUUUCAGUGAAGGCUGGAAGUGUAGUCAAGACAACGUCAAGUUUGUUGUCAUUUUCAAAUAAUAAACAAAAUUAUGUUUUAACUUCUUCUCCGAUAUUUUUUGCAAAUAAUAGUUAUAACAGAAGUAAAGUGAAAAAUUCAAAAGGAACAGAUGAAUGGACAGUAAUUAUAAUUUCUGCAUUUUCUGCAUUACUUUUUCUUUUAUGUGUGUUUGUUAUUGGUCACAGCACACGAAGAUAUAUUAAAGGACGAAAUGAAAUGAAUGCUCAUUGUGCAAAAUUAAUGGCACAAGCUGAAAAAUCAGACAAAAAAACAAGUAAGAGUAAAAAAGCAGAAAAACAAUUACUUCGUAAAACAACUCUAUCAAAAGUAACAACUAAGGAACCAACGUUUGAAAAUGCAGAAAAAAUUGAAGAAAUUAGCCAACAAAAUGAAGCUGAUGGUUUAGUAAACAGAUGUACCUCUCCUGCUACCCUUGAAAAAUCUACUCAACUUCCACUGCAAGUAAAUGUAAAAGUAGUCAAUUCUAAGUUGGAUAAUUUAGAAGAAUCUUGUGUAUAGCUUUAUAAUAUUGUUAAAUAACAUAUGCCUAUAAAUCUUGUAAAUUUAUGAUUAU